AUGUAUGAUCCAAUGUUUCCGUCAACGACUCCGCGGUUUCUAAUUGCAUUAGGUGUGUGGAUCGAAAUGGGUUCGUUUGAGAAGCUUUCGAGGAGAGCCUUGGGCACUGAUACGCCUGUUAUGACUGAGAUUCGGAAACUAAUGGCUGAAUUGACGAACCCCAUGUCUCUCGCUCAGGGAGUGGUGCAUUGGCAGCCUCCUCAAAAUGCCUUGGAAAAGGUCAAGGAGCUUGUUUGGGAUCCCACCAUUAGUUCUUAUGGACCUGAUGAAGGCAUUCCAGAGUUAAGACAGGCUCUUCUGAAAAAGCUGCGGGAAGAAAACAAGCUUACCAAAUCGGCAGUGAUGGUUACUGCAGGUGCCAAUCAGGCGUUUGUGAAUCUUGUUCUUACGCUAUGCGAUGCGGGUGACUCGGUUGUCAUGUUUGAGCCUUACUACUUCAACGCCUACAUGGCCUUUCAGAUGACAGGAGUCACCAACAUACUUGUUGGUCCUGGCCAUCCAGAGACUCUCUAUCCCGACGCAGACUGGUUAGAGAGGACACUCUCUGAGACUAAACCGACCCCAAAAGUUGUGACUGUUGUGAAUCCUGGUAACCCAAGUGGCACCUAUGUCCCUGAACCGCUUCUUAAGAGGAUCUCAGAGAUAUGCAGAGAUGCUGGGUGUUGGCUUAUUGUAGAUAACACAUACGAGUACUUCAUGUAUGACGGUUUAAAACAUAGUUGCGUUGAGGGAGACCACAUUGUUAACGUCUUUUCCUUCUCUAAAACCUAUGGCAUGAUGGGUUGGAGGCUUGGAUAUAUAGCUUACUCAGAGAGAUUAGAAGGGUUUGCAAGCGAGCUUGUGAAGAUUCAAGACAACAUCCCAAUCUGUGCCUCCAUAAUCUCUCAGCGCCUGGCUAUAUACGCACUAGAGGAAGGUGCUGGGUGGGUGACGGAACGUGUAAAGGGUCUGGUGAAGAACAGGGAGAUUGUUAGAGAAGCGCUUGAGCCGCUCGGGAAGGAGAACGUUAAGGGAGGAGAAGGAGCGAUUUACAUGUGGGUAAAGCUGCCGGAUGAAUUCAGAGAUGAGUUCAAGGUGGUGCGAUGGCUGGCUCACCGCCAUGGUGUGGUGGUGAUCCCGGGGAGGGCAAGUGGUAGUCCAGGGCACCUCCGGAUUUCGUUUGGAGGGUUGCAGGAGGAUGAAAUGAGAGCCGCCGCGGAGAGGCUGAGGAAAGGAUUGGAGGAGCUCCUUCACAGUGGAAUGGUGGAGUGA